CUUUUCUACUUUAUUUAGUGAACAUAUAGGGAGAGCUUUCAUCCUCCCAACCGCCAAGCAAAGCAAAGCAAAGCAGAGCAAAGCGGAGUGUUUUCACUGGCUGCCGUCAGUCUGUUCAGGAAUCCGGAUAUGAUGAAAAGAUUUUAGGCACAACUCCGCAAACUACUGUCAGCCACCGUCGAAGGCGUCGCCAGAGCCAAAUAAAAAAAAAAAGAAAAGAAAAGAAACCAACAGGACCGAAGUGGACAGCCCAAAAUUCUGCCGCGCAAAGUUUCAGGAAAAACUUUUUGAAGCUCUUUUCAUUUUUUUCGCCUGAGAGGAAAGGGCUGAACUCAAGCAGGCAGGCAGGGAGGGAGGAUGGGAGCUGGGCAGAUUUGAAGGAAAGGGGAGUUGUCAUGGUAGAAAGGUAAGUUUGGUUUGUAAACUAAAACGGGAAUUAAUGGAAAAGAGAGCCUCGAAGGCAUUUUUGUAAACGGCAGCUCGAACAAACGACCCGCACGCGGAGUUUUAUGUCAAAGCGUGGGAGAGGAAAUUUCCACUAUCAUGAUGCGUUUGAGGACGUCACUUUUUUCCCCCUCCAGUCUGAAUUAGUGAAACUUCUUUUCUCCUCGUUGUUUGUCGCACGCGCCUGUGUUAGUAACGAGACGUUGGUUUUCACAGCACUUGAGGAAAAGGGAGGAACCUCUCUUGUUGGCUUUUUUCCCCUCCUUUAUCUUCUAUCCAAGAGGACGACUGUCUCAUGUCCACGAAGACUGGCCUUCCUACUGAGGGGCCCGAGGGGACGACAGGGGGCCCAGGACAAGAGAAGACUCCCCUGUUGUCAGUCUCACACGAUGCUUGUGACGAUGAGUCACCAGGAUCAACGUCGUCUAGCCGGAAACCCUUCACUGAAGGACAAGGUCACGUGACGGAGGAGAAGUCCAACAAUUCCACGCCUGUACAAACUCAGCCCCAGUCCGACAUUAACCCUCCAGCCUCUGAGUCUUCUGGUGGGGAUGCCACCAAGGAGCAAAACGGCUUUCACCAUGGUAACGUCAGCAAAUCGUCCCUGCGUAAUGGAAUCCACCCUGGACCUACGGGGAAGUGCACCUGCGGGGCCAACAUGGCCGCCGGCUCCGUGAGCGGGCCUGACCCCGGAGCAGCAACGGUGACGCAGCCCAAGAGGCAGCUGUCCACGCCCGUCUCAGACAGGGUGCAGAGGAAGCUGAAGUCCAGCCUGUCGGUGAACAGCGACAGCAGCCGCCGCAGCAAAGGCAGUUCCACAGGGUCGCACAAACCGCCUCUGCCAGAGGACUGCUGCGUUCACUGCAUCUUGGCCUGCCUGUUCUGCGAGUUCCUCACCCUGUGCAACAUAGUGGUGGCCCAGGCCUCCUGCGGCGCGUGCACGUCGGAGGCCUGCUGCUGCUGCUGCUGCAACGACGACCUCGGGGACGACUGCAACAGCCCCUGCGACAUGGACUGCGGCAUCAUGGACGCCUGCUGCGAAUCCUCCGACUGCCUGGAAAUCUGCAUGGAGUGUUGCGGCAUCUGCUUUCCGACAUAAAGAGGCUUCCAAGGAGCGCGAAUCCAAAAUAGGGGCUGUUGCUGUCGUCACUUGAGAUUCAGCAGAGAAACGGGAGCGGACACGUGCGAGCAUGAGCGAUUGUUGGCGUGUGUGCUUGCAGCGAGAUUUUUGACACUGGGCUUCUGUGUGAAAACCAGCCCGGCGCAGGCUAGUAGUAUUUCCAGAUUUCUGAACAGGACAGUUACAUCUCCAAUGUAUUGUAGUUUUACGGAAAGUCUUUAGUUACUUUCAAAAUCAGUGUCUAAAUAUUUCUUUUCAUUUCAUCUUUUUAGACCAACGUUUUUCAUAAAUACACUUUUUAGUCCGAUUGACGCAUUGAUCAUAAGUCUUUCUUUAAGAAAAGUCCAAUUUUUACUGGCUUAUCUCAUUGCAUCUACUGCACUGCUGACCAGUUAAAACUGGUUAAGCUCUACGAUCUGCUACCUUCAGACACUAAAAACCCAAAGUAUUUGUAGGCUUCAUGAACAUUUUCUUUACUAAAGUUUCAUGGAAGCUUGUUAUAGUAGCAUUUAUCCACAAAGUGCUGGAAUGUUUUUAAACCUUGAUUUUUGUAUGUAUUUUGAUAGUUUAACUGGAAAUGCAGCACAACUGGAAUAAUGCUCAGCAUAAAAAGAAUAUUGUUUUAUUGCCAUCAAUAGAUUGAUUGAUUGGCUUUGUCAGCUGCAUUUGGUACAAUUUAUUUUUUUUAAUCAUUAUUUUCUAUCCAUACUUCUUAUAUUGACUUGUUGAGCUGCACUACUAUUAGUCAGGGUAAAAAUAAGGAAUUAAGAAGUGGUGACCUGAGUUACCAAACAAGCAGCUUUUGGGAAUCAACCCUAGUGACUUUCAGCACAAGAGGAAUGCCGUAGAAACGGCAAAUGAACACAGGGUAAACGCAGUGUCCUUCUUUCAUCUUCCCCAAUUUUGCGCAUCGCUAGACCAGUUUUUGGUCUUUUUCUUGUCCAGGAUAAGCGCUUUGAUGUUGUCUAAGUGAUUAAGCUUGAUGCUGGCCCCUCAUUAGCUCUGCUUUUGUAAUGGGGACAAAAUAUGUCCCAUCCUAGUGCCCUUAAUGAACAAGUGCUGUCAUGGACGGCUCAUCUUAUUGCAGCGUUCAUGGGAGGUUGGACUCCAUUUUGUGUCUGUGAUUCACUCAAACCGUCGGUUAGUUCCAGCCAAAGGUGUGUCUUAUAAAAACUACAAAUAAUGUGAAGAAUUUAACGCAAAAGAACUAUGUCCUAUUUCCAAUCAAAUCUGUUCUUUGUUGGUCUUGAUGCAUCUUUGCUUACCUUGAGUUAUUCAAUUUGCACAUGGUAUUAAACAGAAUUUGUUUUUUGUUUUUUUAAAUAAAAUUAUACCAAAAGUAAGCGUUAUUUCAUUAUUUUUGAAAAAUAUUUUGUUAGCAGAGCAUUUUCUAUUUUGUCAAAACUACUGACUUUAUAUGAAGUUAUGAAGAUUAUGUGAUCCGUCAAUUUGUAUUUGUCCCAUUUAAAAA